CGGCGCUUGUCCGGGCCCGGCGUGGGAAGGAAGCGGGUCGGGGGUUCGCCGUUGAGGGGACUGGCGGUGGCUCUCCCUGCCCAUGACGCAGCCGGUGGAAGCGCCUCCCGUUCCCUCAAGGGCAGAAGAACAGCGUCACGCCUCGCACCGUGGCGACUAAUCCUGCCCUUUUCUCCAGGGGACGCGGCGCUUUCGCAACGGAGGGGCAUUGCCAUUGCACGGCGCUUGUUGCACUUGGAGCCCCCCAGCUCCGGGCGGUGUGCAUGGUCCUCCCGCGUCCUCAUUUAACCCCCGUAACAACCAUCACCACCACCUUGCUCUGCUGCGAUUAAAGCACCUUUGCUUUGACUGUCCACGUUUUGCAUGCGAAAGGUCUUGGUUUCACUCCUUCCCGUCUCCAGAUAAUGGAUGAUAGUGAAGAUGACUGGCUGUCUCUCAAGCCCAAAGAGCCAUUGCCAUCCCAGUGCUGUGGUAGUGGCUGCAAACCUUGUGUCUAUGACACGUAUCAGGAUGAGCUGGAGCAGUGGGAAAAGGCCAAGGCAAAAAAAGACAGAAGCCUCCUGACAAGGAAGAAACAGCAAUGUAGUAAUUCAGAACUAACUCCAGAAACGUUUACAGCUUUCAUCAUAAGCUCUGUGGAUCAGCUGACAGAAGACACCUACCAGUAUAAAUUUGAAUUGCCUGGAAAUAGCAGCCUAGGGUUGAGUUUGGGACAACAUAUUGUGCUAAGAGGACUAGUGAAUGGUUUGGAGGUUCAGAGAGCCUAUACUCCAAUUACUCCUGUGAAUGCUGAAGGGUACUUUGAAGUUUUAAUAAAGUGCUAUGAAGAUGGACUCAUGUCACAAUAUGUAAAAUCCUGGAAAGAAGGAGAUUCGGUUUGUUGGAGAGGACCAUUUGGAGGUUUUCCUUAUUCAGCCAAUCAAUAUGGAGAACUUCUCAUGCUUGCUUCUGGUACUGGUCUAGCACCAAUGCUUCCUAUUCUUCAGUACAUAACAGAGAAUGAGGAUGAUGAAACAUUUGUAACUCUAGUGGGCUGCUUCAGGAACUUUGAAAAUAUCUACAUGAAGCCUCUUCUUCAAGAGCAAUCUCGAUUCUGGAACAUAAGGGCAUUUUAUGUAUUAAGCCAGGAACAUUCACUUGAAAAUCUGCCUUGGAGCUUUCAAAAAACCACUUACCUUGGUCGAAUAAACGAGGACGUGAUUAAGAGUAUGGUGAACACAUGCAGAAGACAACCUUACGUAUUGAUAUGCGGCUCUGUGACAUUUAGUGAAGAGAUGGAGAGAUCUUUGAAAGCCAUUGGUCUUAAAGAAGAUUCUUAUUUUAUAUUUUAACGGACUUUAAACAAACAAGGUAUCUUUGCUACAAAUAACCUUAAUCUGCCUUUGGUCAGAUUGGAUUUUAAAAAAUGUUUAGCUGUGCCAAUCCAUCCAAAUUUAUGCCUUCUGUGUCCUAGGAGUUGGCUAAACAAUCCCAUGAAUGAGCAGAUACCACAGCUAGUGAUAAAAGCCUGGUUCCACUUGCAGCCAGUUAUUCUUGACUGUUUCCAGAAAGCAAUUAUGGGGAAGCUAUUGCUCAGCACCAUGGGAAUUGUCCUGUGGCAUCCCACAGAGCUCCAUCUUGUCCUCCAUGGCAUUUAACAUCAGUUUGAAGCUGCUGAGAGCUGUCAUCAGGAGAUUUGGAGAGAGAUGUUAUCAGUAUGCAGGUGAUGCCCAGCUCUAUCUCUGUUCCAUCUGAAUCAGGAGAGCACCUCAGGACUCGCACUUAGAAGCAGUGAUGGGCUGGAUAUGAACCAAUGCACUGAAGCUGAAUCCCGAUUGCCCAUCCCUAGGUGCCCAGGUGCCCUAGGCACAGUCCAACAAGAGACUUGUCAUAUUUAAGCCCCAUUGAGAACAAUAGCAUGGAAUUUAGUCAUGACUAAGUUUUGCUGAACUGUGGCCAGACUCCACUGCCCACCAUUCAAGUUCAGAGGGCAGAAUCUGCAGUACAAUAAGGAACCAAAAAAAGAGAGCUUCAACUUCACUUUAUAACAAAAGGCCUAAAUUUGAUCUAUUUCAGAGCUGGGAGGAUAUUGAUCUGUAGACCGAGGAAACCGGAAACCUUAGCCUGAUCUAAUUAAUACACAUAAUGGAAAAUUGCAUUGGGUUUGUGUUGUUAGUCAUAGAAGCCUCUUUGAGGGGGAAAUACCCCAUGAUGUUCUACUUUUCUCAGCGCAGAACUGAAAAAUGAAUACAUCUACAAAGCUUUGCUUCCAGCGUAGGGAGGGGUCAUAGCUUGGUGGUAGCUACAUGCUCUGCAUACACAAGUUCCCAGCACCAGUCUCUGGCAUCUUCUCUUCAAAGGAGGAACAAUGGUCUGCCUCAGUACCAUGCAGAUUUAUGUUCAUAUGUGUACAUAAUGUAUGUAUUUGUGGCUACGUUUUAGCCUGUAAAGAAUUUACAGUCAAAUAAGCUACUGAAAGCUGUUCAUGUUAAAAAUCAUGACCAAUCUACGCAGUGCUCAGAAAUAUAGCACACUACUUCCAUCAUUUCUUGUGGCAUUUAAAAUGCUUCCGUAAUAUGUAAAAAUGUCUUCAUAUACUGUGCAAUUCAAUUUAUCUAAAUAGCCUCAGGAGCACAGAAAACAUUUGAGUAAUCAGACAGCAGAUAAAAGAGGAUAUCAUUUCCAUAAGGUUACACUGAUGUGGAGUCACAAGAGAGAUGGGUGAACUCAAAACUGAAUUAGUAGUAUCUGAAGGUGGGAGGAUAGGGAGAGGUUCCGCCGUAUUUAGAAAAAUGUAACGCUUUAGCUAUGUCACCUUGAUUCUUUCCAAAUCGACAGUCCUGGAUCUUUGGGGAAUAAUAUGAUAAGAAUCAAGAUAAUCAAUUGCUCCUCUUUAUUUCUCUGUUCACAUGGAGAACUUGAAUCGUACAACCUGACUCUCUCCUCUGGCAAGACUGCUUGAACAGGACAGGAUGGUAUCUCACUCUCCUUGCGCUAGUGCAAAACAGUCGCUUAAUGGUUGUAGCCUGUUAACUAAAUCCCUACUCAAGUGUCCCUACUAAAUUGUAUAAUCUGGCAUCUCAAUGAUUGGUAUUAUUAAUUGUAUUAUAAUUUGGCAUUGUUAUAAUGAGGUUGUUAUUGGAUUGGAUUGUUGUAAUAGAAAACUAUCUGAAGGGCUGUCAUGGAA